UCCAGCGACCAGCCGGCGGAAGAGAUCAGUCAGUCGAGGACCAUGGCGCGGCUGGGCAGAGUGUGUCCACUGGUGCUGCUCUUACUAUUAAUUGUUGGCGGCACCGAAGCGGCCAAAAAGAAGAAGCUUCCGUGGUACCUCAAAGUGGGACAGGAGCAAGGACCGAACGCGUGCGUGGUCGAGGAGAUUCCGGGCAAGAGCUGGAGAUACUGGACCGAAUGCAAAUAUCACAACAACAGACAGAUUUGUGGCCAGAAAACGAGGCUUAAAUACGAAUGCUGCGGAGGAUUCCACCAGCUCGAUAGUCAGGCCGGUUGCACUGGAGUGAACCCGAUGGCUGACGUUCUGCAGACGGCCAAACACUACGGCGCUGCCAAGUUCGUCGAGUUCGUCGAGCAGGCCGGCCUCACCAGCAGGUUCAAGCGCGAGGGACCGUUCACGCUCUUCGCACCCAUCGACAAAGCCUUUGAGAAAAUGUCUGGAGAUCAAAGGCUGCGCUUGGUUCCGAGUCGGCAGAAAAAUUCAAGCAUUCUUCUCCACGCCAUUGGCCACCGAGUGGACACCGACGACAUAGGCUCGGACACGGUUUUGCCCUCUCUCUAUGGUCUGGAUUUACGAAUCAACAAAUACACAAACGGAAUGAAAACGGUCAAUUGCGUGCUUCUGCUGAGGAAAGAUCUGCAAGCGACAAACGGAGUCGUCCAUCUAGUGGAAAAAAUUCUCGAGCCGUACGUCGUGGUGCCGGGAAAAAAUAUCGCCGAAAUGAUCGAAUCGGACGGCAGAUUCAGCGAACUGGCGAAGGCACUCGAAGGCACCAAGUGCAAGAAGAGGCUCGAGAACUCGCAGCAGAGCUACACGAUUUUGGCGCCGUCCGACGAGGCCUUCCAGAAACUUAGUCAGGGCAAAUUGGAGCGGCUCCUCAGCAACCCUGAAAUCAAGGAAGCUCUUCUGGAGAACCACAUCAUUCCGCACCCGACGUGUUUGAGCGCCGUGACAACCAAGACAAACCAACGAACUUUGGGCAAAGAGAAACUCGAAUUUGAUUGUGACAGCAAAGGAGUGAGCAUUUCUGGGCAGAAGAUGAGGAAUCACUAUCAGAUCGGCACCAACGGUCUGCUCUACAUGAUUGAUGAUUUGAUAUUUCCCCAAAAAGCCAUGAGUGCAAUGCAGAUUGCGGAAAACGAAAAGCUGUUCACAUUUUCCCACGUUCUUCGGACGUCUGGGAUGUCGGACAUUCUGGAAACAAUGCCCAACAUGACACUUUUCGCCCCUAGCGAAGCGGCCAUGUAUUCUUUACCAAAAGAAGAGCUGCAGCAGCUCAAGGAGAACAAGGAAAAGGCAAGGAAAUUUGUCAUGUAUCACGUGGUUGAGGGAAAUCUGCGCUCCGAUUCGAUGGUCGCCGACAGGAGCGUCCGUUCGCUGGACAACAAGAAUAAGCUUCGAGUUCAGUUGGAAUUGAACUCGUUCGGCGUCCAGGGUGCCAAGUUGGAGAAAAAGGACCUCGGGGGCAGCAACGCGUGCAUGCACAUCAUCAACAAGCCGCUGAAACCGCCGGCCGAGUCAGCCGAAGGAAUGCUCAGGACCAUGGGAAAUUUCUCUUAUUUCGUGAAAGGGUUGAGUCAAGUGCUGAAAUCCAUGAAUCACAAUGGCUCUGUGACGGUGAUGGCCCCGACGGACAAAGCGUUCAAGGAGCUCCCGGAGGAUAAACUUCUGCAAUACACUUCCGACCGCAAGUUUAUGCAUAAGAUCAUCAAAGGUCACAUUGCUGACCACAUGGUGACCUUUUCAAUGCUACGGCCAGGAUUGAAAUAUUUAAUCAAAACCAAACACACUCCUGUGUACUUCUCUGUCGACAAACUCGGACGUCACACGAUUGGAGAGGCCGAGGUCAUCCAGUCCGACCUCACUGUGCUCGAGGGCGUCGUCCAAAUUUUGGACACGGUGCUCAUCAGUUCCAGCAACGGCCACAAAAAAUGAAUAUUUUAUCCAGAUUAAUUAAUUAAGAGACCAUUCAGUGUUCACUAAUGAAAAUAAUAAUAAUAAUUUUAUGGGCCAAUCAUUAACUUCUAUUGCACUCUCUGAUUUUUAGAGGAAAACGAGAAUAAAAUUUUAUGUAACCUGAAACUCUUUCAAGUACAGAGUUGCAUAUUAUUUUUUUUUCAUCGAGUUUAUUAACAUUUAACAUUAUAGAUCAUUAUUGAAUAAUUUUCGCAUUUUAUGUGUAUUUUUAAUAAUAAAAGGAGGAUAUUCCAAUU